AGUUAAUUAGCUGUGGAGACUAAGGUAUUAUAAACAUCCUUUAAUGUUGGACUGAAGUAUCUUACGUGCUGCUGGUGGUCACGUUGAGAAUUUUUUCUGAGACAUGCUUCUCUAUCACUCCCUUGCUUGUUAUUUGGAGUCUAGCUAUCUCUCCACCCCCCAAAACUUUUCUAUUAUUUGUUAGAGGUUUCGUAUGUAGAAUUGGUCUAAGCACUUUGGAAUUCCACCUCCACUGCGGGAUGUUCAGUAAGAACACUGGGAAUUCAGGGCUUCCGUUUUCCCUUUUCUUUGACAGGUUCCUGGAUUCAGUAUAUUUUUACUUUCUUCUCAGAUAGUACCAUUUGUACUUCCUACCGUGAUUCCUUUCUGUUUUCUAUCUGCCAAACAAGUGUUUUCUCAGAUACCACCAUUUGUAUUUUCCUCUCUCUUUUCCUUUCAUGUUCCACCUACCAAACUGGUGUAGCCUUCUCCUGGUGCAGCUGAAUACUGUCUCAUAGUAAUCAUAGAAGUUCUCAAGACAUUAAUUUCAGUCAACUCUUGAUCUCUUCAUUAACAUUAAAUAAGACUGAUGGUGGAAAGAAAAUCCUGAAGAAGGAAGAGCCAGUAUCUACAAAUCAGUGAUCAUCAACACUUCUAAGGAGAUGAUGUGCUUCAGUGACUACCCCGUCCCGGAUCAUUACCCUAACUUCAUGCACAAUUCCCAGAUCCUAGAGUACUUCAGGAUGUAUGCCAAGGACUUCAACCUUUUAAAGUAUAUCCAGUUCAAGACCACUGUGUGCAGUGUGAAGAAGCGGCCUGAUUUCUCCACUUCAGGACAGUGGGAGGUGGUCACCGAGUGUGAAGGAAGAAAGGAGAUUGAUGUCUUUGAUGGAGUCAUGGUCUGCACUGGCCAUCACACUAAUGCUCACUUGCCCCUGGAAAGCUUUCCAGGAAUUGAGAAGUUCAAAGGACAGUAUUUCCACAGUCGAGACUAUAAAAACCCCGAGGCAUUUGCUGGAAAAAGAGUCAUCAUAAUUGGCAUUGGGAAUUCCGGAGGGGAUCUGGCUGUAGAGAUUAGCCACACAGCCAAGCAGGUGUUCCUCAGCACCAGGAGAGGCGCGUGGAUCCUGAAUCGCGUAGCAGACCAUGGAUAUCCUUUUGAUGUGGCACACCUUUCUCGACUUAAGCAUCGUUUAUCAAAGAUAUGCGGUCAAGCAUUCACAAAUGCAUAUUUGGAAAAACGUCUGAAUCAAAGAUUUGAUCAUGAAAUGUUUGGCCUGAAGCCUAAACACAGAGCUCUGAGCCAGCAUCCAACAGUGAAUGACGAUCUGCCCAAUCGCAUCAUCUCUGGCUUGGUGAAGGUGAAGGGAAACGUGAAGGAAUUCUCAGAGACAGCUGCCGUAUUUGAGGAUGGCUCUAGGGAGGAUGACAUUGAUGCUGUUAUCUUUGCCACGGGCUACAGCUUCGCCUUUCCUUUUCUGGAAGAUUCUAUCAAAGUGGUCAAAAAUAAGAUAUCCCUAUAUAAAAAGGUCUUCCCUCCCAACCUAGAAAAGCCAACUCUUGCAAUCAUAGGCUUGAUUCAGCCCUUAGGAGCCAUUAUGCCGAUUGCAGAGCUCCAAGGACGCUGGGCCACUCAAGUAUUUAAAGGGCUAAAGAAAUUGCCCUCACAAAGUGAAAUGAUGGCAGAUAUAUCUAAGACUCAAGAGAAAAUGGCAAAAAGGUACGUGGAAAGCCAACGCCAUACCAUUCAGGGAGACUACAUUGACAGCAUGGAAGAGAUGGCUGACCUGGUGGGAGUCAGGCCCAGUCUGCUGUCUCUGGCCUUCAGUGACCCCAAGCUAGCAUCACAGUUACUUUGGGGACCUUGUACUCCAGCCCAGUUUCGUCUACAGGGCCCUGGAAAGUGGGAUGGGGCUCGAAAAACCAUCCUUUCCACAGAUGACCGUAUCAGGAAGCCCAUGAAGACCAGGGUGACAGAGAAGAGUGAUUCCGCAGCUUCAGCAGUGGCCGUGGGCAGGCUCAUGCUGGCCGUCAUUCUCUUUGCGGUGAUCAUGGCUUAUUUUUAGACGUCCCAUUGUCCGUGCCCUGGCUUCCAGACCUAACAAAACUGAGCACUCUCACUCCCCUGUUGCUCAGAAAGCUACCUUUAUUUCUCUUUCAGAAGCAUUGGUCCUCGUUUCUCCUUUUCCUACAAUGAAAUCCUGACUUCUCAUCUGAGUUGGUUCAUGCUCCUUCCUCUUGUAAUCUGUCACUCUUUCCUUCUAUUAAUUCCCGGACUGUGAGCUCAGGCACUCUUUACUCAUCUUUAUAUGAUGUCCUUAGCAGACAUGUGGCCUUGUUGACCAUCAGAUAUUAUGGUGGGGAUUCUAAAUCAGCAUCUGAAAAUAUGGCUGACUUCAGGCUGGGGUUGUGGCUCAGUGGAACAGCGCUCGCCUGGCACGUGUGAGGCACUGGGUGCAAUCCUCAGCACCACAUAAAAAUAAAUAAAUAAAGGUCUCGGGUCCACCUACAACUAAAAAAAUUUUUAAAAAUGACUGACUUCAUGUAAUUCUUCUGAUAGGAUUUGAUUUUCUAUUUAAAAAGCUCAAUUUUUGUUUUUAAUAUUAAAACUAUACAUUUUCUGAGAGAGAAGAGAAAUAGUCGUUUGUCUGUGAUAGACAUACAGAUACAUAAGACAUCUUUUUUUACUCACUAUCCUAAUAACUGGUCAUUUUUGCUCCUUACCCUAAGCAACGUGUCUUUAUUUUCUUAAUAAAGAAAUUACUUUCAAUUUUCUAAGCUCA